AGAUUUGCACGUUAUGAUGCUUUUCGAAAUAUUUUGAUAGAACUGCUGAUCGUCCAGAUAAAAAUUCCUGAAAGUCACGGACUUUUCUUACAUGGAUUCAUCUUAUUGUGAUAAUGUAAGUCCGAAAGCAAGACUUCAGGAAUGGCGAGAAAAACUUGGCUUUUUAUUCGAGCUGGAGUGUUUAUUUCUCUCUUGCUAGUCCUCUGGAAUUUUUUCUGGGUGUUGAAACUGCAACAACCCCAGCAGCUAGUUCCUUCUAAAAUUUAUUCAAUUUUCACAUCCCCUGUGCCUCAGCUUACAAAGCCAGAAAAGUUAAAUACCUUAAAGAGGCAUUUCUCUGCAAAUGUUCAACAGGAAAAGCCACAAGAAAUUCGCAUAGCAGCAGUUGUGUGUGGGAAUCGGACCAAUGAAACCCUAGUUAUGAUCAAAUCUGCUUUGAUUCUGAGUAGAACUUUCACCAGAUUCAUACUAUUUGCUGAUGAAAAUGCAACUUCUGCCUUGAAUGCAACAGUCAAACAGUGGCCUGACAAUGUUUUAAACCACAUGUCUCUUGAUCUCCGUCCUAUAACUUUUCCACGCGAAAAGGCUGAAGAAUGGAAGAAGUUAUUUAAACCAUGUGCAUCCCAAAGACUUUUUCUUCCAAGUUUGCUAGAAGAAGUGGAUUCAGUAUUGUAUGUGGAUACUGACACACUUUUUCUCACCUCCCCAUUGCAGAUUUGGGAACACUUCAAUAAAAUGAAUGAAAUGCAUAUGGCUGCUCUUGCACCUGAGCAUGAAGAUCAUUCUACUGGAUGGUACAACAGAUUUGCAAGGCAUCCUUAUUAUGGGAAUUUAGGAGUAAACUCGGGAGUGAUGCUGAUGAAUUUGACAAGAAUGAGGCAGUUUGGUUGGGAAAAAUAUGUUGUUCCAAUAUAUCAAGAAUAUAAAUCCAAAAUCGUUUGGGGUGACCAAGACAUCAUCAAUAUAGUCUUCCACUUUUAUGCCGAAAAGCUUUACGUUUAUCCCUGUCACUACAACUACCGUCCAGAUCAUUGUAUGUACAUGAGUGUUUGUAAGGCAGCCGAAGAAGAAGGAAUCAUGGUCUUACAUGGAAAUAGAGGAAGCUUCCACAAUAAGAAACAACCAGCCUUCAAGGCAAUUUAUUCUUCAAUUCAACAGCAUUCCUUUGGCGAUAAUUUGCAAACACUGUUGGACGAUAUGAAACACAGCCUUACAGAAACUAUUCAUACCAAUUGUGGGAAAAUCAUUGAUUCGUUACCAAAGCUCUUGCAGAUUAAAAAAAAGUAUCAAACGUCGGACAAAGAAACAAGGACUUUGACGGAGACAGAAAUCCUUGUGGCAUGCGCUAGAUUCAUGCAAAUUUUUCUUGCUAGUCGUAAGCAUAUGCAAGCUUUAUUGAAUAUUGGAAUCGAUGUUAUAUAUGAAGGUGACAUGGAAGCAAACAACGCUAAUACAAUUUUGAAUUUCUCGCAAUUGUAAUUUGCUGCAGGUAUUUGAGAUUCACAACAUGCAUGCAAAAUAUGAGUUUUACACU